AUGGACUUUGACACCCAGAUUUCAUAUCAUGAUGGCUUAAUUCUUGGUCUUAUAUAUUUAUUUAAGAUUUUCUACUUUAUCUAUUUCAUAUCUCCCGGCGCCAUUCUCAAGGCACAGGUAGUUACAUUCUAUAAUAUAAAAGUACUGCUCUGGGAGCUCUAUCUCCGCUCUAUCUAUCUUUCCAGUUUAACUAAUCUAGCCAUUAGCAAGAUCAGCACAAUCCCUGCUCAAACCUCAGACUCGUUUUGGAUAUUGGUAUUAUUAAUUUAUAUACUGCAGACACAGGAAAGUCCACCACCGUUGACUAUUAAUCUUAUCCGGAUUGCUAUGUGGAGUUUGUUAGCAGCAGCCAGCUGUGCUGCGCACAUACCCGAGUGGUUGGGGAUAGUAAGACACUGGCAUCUGAGUCUUUACGCGAUGCAUCUUAUAUUAGUCUGGAACAGCAUCUCAUAUGCCCAAGGGGUCUGGGAUAUGGUACUCUGA